CGCUCUCUACCAGGAAAACCCUGCCCAUUCAAGGCCAGAAAACCCUAGUUUUUCCUUUCUCUCUUCGCUCGGGAUCGUUUAUGGCGGAGAUCCUUUUCGCCGGCGUGCCGGAGCUACGCUUGUUCUCCUCACUGGUUCGUCGCUCCGUUGGUCGAACACCGUCGCCUUUGCGUUGGCAGGUCAGGAGGACGCCGCCCCGUGGCUUCUCGAGAUUGCCGGCCGCGCUGGAGGUCUACUCCAUCAUCGAGUGCGGGGAUGGGAGCGUCAUCUUCCGCUUCGCGGAGGUCACGAAGGAUGCUGGUUUACAGCUCGCGCGUGGAGAGGAUGGGAAAAAUUGUGAUUUUGAGGAGGAUUUAGAAGGUAGGAGUCAAGUUGUUGAUGAAUUGGAGUUGAGGAACUCUGCUGACGGAUAUGGUUGUUGGAAUUCUGAGGGAAAUGCUGAAAUUUUAGAUUUUGAAGGGGAGAAGUUGGAAAUUGAGCAGAGUUCUAGGGAGGCAACUGAUUUGUCGGGAGAAAUUCAGCUGAGAGGCACUUUAGAUACAGAUGAUGUUCAAUCCUUGUUAGGAAAUGCUAUUGGAGUUCUACAAAGUUUGGAAGAAGGUAACGUAGUUCUGAAGAGUAGUGAGUCAGUGCAAGAAGUGGAAUUUUCCAUUGGAGACAAAGAAUCUAUGAGAAUGAACUUGGAGUCUAAUUUGGAACCGAAAGACGGUGCAUCGGUUGAAGAUGACAAGGAACUGAAUAAGGAACAGGAGGAUGUGCCUAGUGGUGUGCCUGAUGCUCAUCAAGGAGGAAUAAGUUCCAAACUUGACCAUGCUGAGGUUGAAAUCCAAGAUUCUUCAGGUUGUGACACAAAAGGUGAUUCCACUCAAGAAGAGGAAAGUUUUGAUGUGGUUGCGGAGCCAGGACAAUCAACUGGGGGAGUCUCCCUUCCAUUGGUCAUGGAUGGUCCUGUUCAAGCAAGUUAUAGCGAGACGAUAGAAGAAUCAUUUGAUGAUCGAUUGGUCUCUGAAGAAAGGUCUUUGGAAGACUCUGAACGUCCGAAGGUAUCUAGUGAAGCUGAGUCUGCGUCUGGUGUGGAUUCAGAAUCAAAUAAUUUCCCCGUGAAAAUCUCAAAGCCCUCAUUUUUGCUUUCAUCUGGUGCUGCAUUGUUACCUCAUCCUGCAAAGGCAUUGACAGGAGGUGAAGAUGGUUACUUUUUAGCUUGCAAGAACUGGUUUGGUGUUGCUGAUGGUGUUGGUCAGUGGUCACUUGAAGGGAUCAAUGCUGGCUUAUAUGCAAAAGAGCUUAUGGAAAAUUGUGACAGGCAUGUAUCAGAAUCUCUAAACGGAUCAGGAACCAAGCCGGAUCAAAUUAUUAAUAGGAGUGCUGUGGAUGCAAUCUCCUCUGGUUCAUCUACUGUUUUGGUUGCUUAUUUUGAUGGCCAGGUUCUUCAUGUGGCCAACAUUGGAGAUUCAGGCUUCAUCAUUAUUAGGAACGGCAAAGUCUUUAACAGAUCUUCUCCAAUGGUCUAUGGUUUCAACUUCCCUUUGCAGAUUCAAAGAGGAGAUGACCCUUCAAAACUCAUUCAGGACUACAACAUAGCUCUAGAUGAAGGUGAUGUUAUAGUGACAGCAACUGAUGGUCUUUUUGACAACAUAUAUGAGGAAGAAAUUGCAGCCAUUGUUUCCAAAUCACUGCAAGCCAGUCUCAAACCUUCAGAAAUUGCUGAACUCUUGGCAUUAAGAGCACAGGAAGUAGGAAAAUCAACAGGAAGAGCCCCUUUCGCUGAUGCAGCCAAUGCAGCUGGAUACACAGCCUUCACCGGAGGCAAACUCGACGACGUAACUGUUAUUGUAUCUAUAGUCCAAAAGUCUAACACAUGAAAUGGAAAGAAAGACAAACUCUUCUUGUAUUUAAAAUAAAACAUAGUAGCUUCAUUGCUGUUUCAAAGUCCAAACACUCAAAUCAUAGUUUUGGUUCUGAUAA